GGUUCUUCCCUCUUCGACUCUCUCUCUCUCUCUCUCUCUCUCUCUCUCUCUAAUUAACACUCUGUAAUCUCGCAAGUAUAUAUCACGUUUCUACUAAACUUUUUUUUUUCUUUCCAUAUUCGUUCACUUCAAAUCUACUCUGCAAUGGGGAAUUGCUGCUCCGACGAACCCGGCGGUCGGUCGGCGGUCGGCGGAGGCGGGGCCACCUCUUCUCAAAGCAAUCCAGCUGGCGGCGGCGGCCGGAACGACGCCGUCGAUUUAUUCCUCACCUCUCGCGGUUACCGCGGUCUGUUUUCUCAGAUCGAGUUGUCAAUAUCGGCUUCAAACUUACGUGAUCGGGAUGUGCUUUCCAAGAGUGAUCCUAUGGCAGUUGUUUACACAAAAGGAAGAGAUGGUACGCUUCAAGAGAUUGGCCGCACCGAAGUGGUGCUAAAUUCAUUGAAUCCCAAGUGGAUCUCAAAGCAUGUGGUUACCUAUCAUUUUGAGGUGGUGCAGACUUUGGUGUUCCGUGUCUACGAUGUAGACACUCAGUUUCACAAUCUAGAUGUAAAGAUGCUUAAACUUGAUGAGCAGCAGUUUCUUGGAGAGGCUACUUGUGCAUUGUCUCAGAUAGUCACCAAAUCAGACAGGUUACUGACCUUAGAUCUUGUACGUAAAGAUGAAUCUGCUGGAUCAAACCAUCUCAGAAAUCUUGGUGCACUCACUGUCUAUGCUGAAGAAACUGCCAGCUCAAAGACUAUAACUGAGUUGAUAUUGAGGUGUUCAGAUUUGGAAUCCAGGGAUCUGUUCUCAAGAAGUGACCCCUUUCUGGUUAUAUCAAAAAUGGUAGAGAGUGGGAUUCAGAUUCCAAUUUGCAGAACUGAGGUUUUGAAAAAUGAUCUCAAUCCAGCAUGGAAACCAGUAUUAUUGAACAUUCAACAGGUUGGAAGCAAGGAUGGUCCAUUGAUCAUAGAGUGUUUCAAUUUCAACAGCAAUGGCAAGCACGACUUACUUGGAAAAGUUCAGAAAUCAAUAGCAGACUUAGAAAAGCUUCAUUCUGUUGGGCAGGGGGAACAUUUAUUCUCAACUGCUGUCGGGCAUAAUCAAAACAAGGUCUUAAAGAGUCGGCUAUUUGUGGACAAGUUUUCUGAAAGUGUCCAACAUACAUUCCUAGAUUACUUUUCUGGUGGAUGUGAACUGAAUUUCAUGGUUGCCAUUGAUUUCACAGCUUCAAAUGGAAAUCCACGCCUACCUGAUUCCUUGCAUUAUAAUGACCCUUCUGGACGGCCAAAUGCAUACCAAAGGGCAAUCUUUGAGGUUGGAGAGGUGUUGCAGUUUUACGAUUCAGACAAGCGUUUUCCUGCUUGGGGUUUUGGAGCCCGGCCAAUCGAUGGUCCAGUCUCUCAUUGUUUUAAUUUAAAUGGAAGUAGCAACUACUGUGAGGUUGAAGGGAUCCAAGGGAUUAUGACAGCAUAUACAAGUGCCCUCUUCAACGUUUCACUUGCCGGGCCAACUCUUUUUGGACCUGUCAUUAGCACUGCUGCACAGAUAGCUGGCCAGUCUCUCGCCGAUAAUCACCAAAAGUACUUCAUUUUGCUAAUAAUCACGGAUGGAGUUAUAACAGAUCUUCAAGAAACAAAAGAUGCCCUCGUGAAAGCGUCAGACCUACCUUUGUCAAUUCUUAUCGUUGGAGUUGGAGGAGCAGAUUUCAAAGAGAUGGAGAUUUUAGAUGCCGAUAAAGGUGAGAGACUUGAAAGUACAACUGGACGCGUGGCAUCACGCGAUAUAGUCCAGUUUGUUCCAUUGCGAGAUGUACAGAGUGGAGAGAUCUCAGUUGUUCAAUCUCUUCUAGCAGAAUUACCUUCCCAAUUUCUAAACUACAUGCGAACGAGACAUAUUGAUCCAAAAACCUAAACCAAAUUACACAGAAGGGUGUAUAUUGACAAGUAAUUUUCUGUUAUUGAUUCUCAUCCAGAUGCCUUUCAUCUUUCGUUUUUCCUUUCUGUUUUGCAUUCCUAUAUCUUAGCUGAGUCUGGUAGAGUCGCCAUUAAGUGUAAAGGUUUCUUGGUUUCUAUUGAGGCCUAUUUUCAUCUUUUUAAUAAGGGCAGUUUCUUGUAUUGGCUAUCACAAUCGAGCAGAAGUCAUUUGUCUAUACGAGCAUCACUAAUCUUCGUUGUUGACCUUGGGGUUUGGUCCAAUGGUCGUGUAGCCCUUUGGAGCGCGAGGUUUGGGGUUUGCUUCUAUGAACAGGAAGUUGGCACUCCUAUCGUCUGGGAGAAAAAAAAACCUUCGUUGUUCACAAGGCGUAAACUGGAGUCAUGUGCAGUCUAAUACUGAGUUUAACUUUUUGAGACAGUGAAACUGUGAAAGUGGGAUAUGAAAGCAAAUGAGAAACUUGCAAUAAGCCAUUCAUGUUCUGCCAUUGUUGUACAAUUAUGUGCAUUAUAAGGAUUUUGGCCAAGGCCUAAAUAAAGUGAGUUCUUUUAAAAA